GCCGCUUGUUUCCCGUUGCUGUGGUUACCCGCCCGGUGUAGCAGGGCCUCGGGGAAGCGCUCGCUGUCCUCGCGAAGUGUCUAACUCAGGGUGGUUAGAGGCUGCGGGAUUUCAAGGCGGACAGAGCGGGCCAGGUGGUCUCCGGAGGCGGCUUGGAAGGCGGUGGCAGCUCCGGUAGCAGCUUGGCUGAACGGGAAAGCAAAGUGUUAUUCAAAACAAACAUCUGCUGUUCCUUUUCAUGUUUUAAGUCUACUGUUGAAUAAACUUAUAUCUGAAUAAACUUACACUGAGUGAACACACCUUUUAUUUUGGUUUAUGCAGUGCUGAAAGUUAAUGUUUUCUUUGUGUGGCACUGAAAGCAAUUAAGAAACUAUGGAAAAUAGAAUGUCAGAAGAUGUUGAAAGAAUUGAAAAAGAAAUAGAAAUUGAACUGAGCAGGAUCAGUGUUUCUUCCUUUGAAGCAGAUGAUCCUGACACAGAUGUAUCAGAAGAAGCUUUGAGUGACAGUGAGACAAUUUCAGAUGACUUGCCAGAAUCAGUUUUGUCCUAUUUAAACUUUAUAAAGAACAGAAAUCAAGAUGUCGAAAAGUUUAUACUGCAAGACUUAGAAGAUGAAGAAACUACAAGUAAUGUUUAUGAAGUAGUUUCUAGCCAUGCUUCAGAUUACUUGGCAGAGUUGGCUUUGGAAUAUAAUGAAGAUCCAGAAGAAUUUAAAAAAAGGGUAUUGUCUGAAAUAGAAAAUGAAGACUUGCAGAUUGCUACAACUGCUAAUUGUAGCACUCAGUCCAGAAGUGAUGAUGCUAUUAAAGAGGUCACUGAUGAACAUUUUGUUGCAGCUGAUGUUGACGUGAGCAUAAGCUUUACGUACCAUGAAGUAGAAGAAAAAUGUAGGCAAGAAUUUGAGCAGUGGGAGAAAAGACAAAAGGAACUUGAAGAUGAGAAAAUAAAAAAGUGGAAAGCUGAGAGGGAAGCACGGGAAAAACAGAUUGAAGAGGAACAAGCAAGACAACUGCAGCGUCUGGAGGAAUUUGAGGCUGAAAGAAUAAAGUUAGAGCUUCUUCAUAAGAAACAACAAAAUAUGAUGGAAGAUGAGUUACAGAAAGAAAAGAAAGCUUGGAGAGACAAAGUGAUGCAACAUGAGGAAUUGAUCAUGAAACUACAGUUGCAAGUGGAAGAGGAGGAAAAGGCCUUUGAAGAGCAGAGAGCAAAACAAAGACAACACUUGGCAGAGCAACAGAAUGCAGCAGCUGUGAAAAUUCAAGCUAGAUUUAGAUCAUUUUUAGUCCAUAAAAAAUAUGCUCCCUUCUUAAAAGAAUGGAAAGAUAAAAUUAAAAGGGAAAGGGAAAUACAAGAAGAAAUAGAAAGGGAAAUGAAAGAAAAGGAGGAGAAAAUGAAGAGGCGCAUGGAAGAAAGAAAGCAUAAAAAAGAAGAGAAAAAGAGACAAGAAGAACUAGAAAGACAGCUAUAUUUGGAACAGAUGAGGAGGCGUGAGGAAUAUGAGAAAAAGAAAGUAAGCCUGAGACUCGAAAAACAGUUGCAGAUAAGAAGAGAAGAACAAAGAAAAUUGAGAGAAAAAGCAGCAGGAGUUACGAUGAAUGAAGAUGGAGAAAAGAAUGAAGAAAAUGUAGCAGAGGAAAAAUUGGGAGAAAAUGUAAAAGCAAUAAGAGAACAGAAAAAGGAACUGAGUAAACAACUAAUAGAACAAGAAGAAAAUCAAUCUGAAAAAAUGGAUGAAACAAGUAAUUGGGUGAUUCCAGUAAAAAGAAAGUUGACACCACCAAUACCAAAUAUAUUAAAUUCGGAGAAGAAGGAACAAUCUUCUCAAAUAAAUAAUGAAAAUAUAGAUAGAAAUUCAGUAAUGUGCGCAGAAAAAAGUUACUCAGAAACUGGAGAUAUUAAUAAAGCUACAAUUACAUGUACUUCAAAGAAUGAAUCUGUUGAUUUUAGAGCUAGUGAUGUGGUAGAAAAUAAGGUAAAUAAUACAAACAGUAGUCCACUGAAUGCCCAGCCAAAUGCCAAUAAUAGAGAAAUUGAAGAUCAAUUUUGUCAGUCUGAAACAGUGAAGACAGCUGUGUUUCUAAUGGAAGAUUCUAAUGAGAAGGUUGGUGAGAAUUGGGACAGAAUUCAAGAUGUAGCUAAGUUUUCCGAUAGACUAGAAAUUCUUCCUGAUGAUAUUGAAGAGAAGAGAUUAAAUUGGAUGAAGACAUGUAAGCCUUGGUCUAAAAUAUAUGGAGAAAAUCAAAGAAAGGAAGUAACUAAAAAAAAACAGCCAAGGAAAAGUUCAGUUAACAGGAUGCCUCCAUUAAGUAUAGAAAAGAUCAUUCAGAGUGGCCCUUGGAGCACUUUACAGCAGGUCACAAUACUGACACUCGAAGAUUUACCAAGAUGUAACCUCUCCACAUUAUCUGAAUGUGCAAAUCUUCAAGUAUUGACUCUCAGACGCUGUGGACUAGUGGCACUGGAAGGACUGAGUAACUGCAAGGACAUAAAGUAUAUCAAUGUGGAGGAAAACAACAUUCAGAUCAUAGACUGUGAGAAUCUAGAAAAUCUCUGCAUUCUAAUUCUGAAUAAGAACCAUCUUUCAUCAGUUUGUGGCUUAGGUGGCUGCAGAAAUCUCCGAAAUCUUGAACUUUCCUACAAUAGAAUCACUCGAAUUGGUGGUUUGGAGUCACUGAAAAAUCUUCAACGGUUAAUUGUGGAUCAUAAUCAGUUAAUCAGUACGAAAGGUCUUUGUGAAGCACCUACUCUCAUGCACCUCGACUGUUCUUUUAAUCAUCUCACGCAGGUUGAAGGCAUUGAGAAUAGCGGCCUACUUCAAAUUCUGAAGUUACAAGGCAAUAACCUCCAGGAGCUUCCAAGACUGGAAAAUCAUGUUCUGCUAAGAGAACUCUAUUUGGAUGACAAUAGCAUCUCUUCUAUGAAAACAUUUUCUUUGUAUUGGUUGCCUUUGUUGCAGAUUCUUUCACUGUCUCAAAAUAGUUUGACUGAGCUUGCACCUUUAAAUUCAUGUGUAUCUCUGGAAAAACUGGAUAUCAGAAAUAACCGCUUGUCAGACCUUAAAAGUGUCAUUAUAUGGUUAAAUGGCUGCCAUAAACUAAGUGAGUUGUCACUCAGUGGAAAUCCACUUCUCCAAGAAAGGACCUGGAGGUCUUCCCUAUUUAAGGUCCUUAAUAGUUUACAGGUUCUUAAUGGUGAAAACUUAAAUUAUCAUAGUUUACUCACAACUGAAAGAAUCCAAGGAUCAGAAUCAAGAACUUUUCUGGAACUUUGUCAAUCUCAAAUUGAAGAGAAUGUUCUACUUAAACAAAAGGCUGCCAAAUUGGGAAUUGCCUCGUCCAUUGAAGAUGCACAGAGACAAUACUGGUAUUUUAAUCAGCUGAUGAAACUUAGUAUCCAACAUCGAUGUGCACAUGAGUACGGUGAACUAAACAUUACUGACAGAGAUGGACCAGAAGCACUGCAAAAUCAUUUAAAACAAACAUCCACUGACUGCCCACAGGAAAAUAACCUCUUUAUCAUGGGUGUGACAGAAAAUAAACAGGUCUUGUUGGAUCCUUCUGAAAGAUGGAUUACUACUGACCAUAUUCAGGCCACAUUCAUUAACUCCUCCAUACCUGAGCACCGAAAGGAAAAUAAAGAAGAUCUUAGAAUAAAGCCAGAGAGCACUGAAUCCUGUAUUAAUUAUGAUGGGGAGAGCAAAGACAACAAUAACAGGCUACGUAUGGCAGCGUCAGUGAUCCAGUCCAUUUGGAGGAAGAACCAUGCCAGGAAGAAGACUGACUGCACCAAAACAGAGAAUGAUCAGUUUACAGAUGCUUCAAAACAGAAGCAUGAAGCUGCCACACUAAUCCAGGCAUUCUGGAAGGGAUUUUUUUUGCGAAAGAAACUGGCCAGUGCUCUUGCAGCUGUUAAAAGUGAUGAAGCGGAGGAUGACUAUGAAGAAAUAACUGUGGAUGAUUACACAUUUCAUGAAGCUGCUUUAGAGAAGGAAUGGCUAACUCUAGAUACCACCCGUUUCCCUUCAAAAACACUCCUGCUCUCAAACCAACUGCACUGGCCAAAGAAGUAUUCUAGGCCUUCAAAUUCCAGUGAACAUUCAAUUAGUUUGCCAUUGGCACCAUGUGAAGCUUGCCAGUGUGAUGACAGACCACAGUCAUGCUCACCAGAAAGUAUCCACUUUCAUAGCAGGUCAGAGAAGGGAACAAUGUCACAGCUCUCUGACUUGAAAGAAAGAAAGAAAUUUUCAUUCAGGUCAGAAAAAGAAGAGAAAAUUUCAGAAGAAUGGGGUUUUAAAGAUAUUUCUACUGCACAGCUAAUGCUGAAGAGGGCCCAUAAAAUGAAACCCAAAAAAUUUAGUAAUAAAAAUUUAGACCCAGCUGUGCGCCUGGCGUUGUUCAAAAACAAUGAAAAUAAACAUCUCCCUGUGAAACCACCAAGGAAGGCACAGCCUGUACAUAUUGGUUACUUUGAAGAAUCCUGAAGGAGAGUCUGUUCAGGGACCAGGCAGCCUUGGGGAUGAUGAUGCUGUUCAGACACUCUCCAAUUUUAGUAUCCCUUGAUGCAUUCACUGAACCAGAAUAUGGAGGAGUUCGAAGAUUUGAAAGAAUGUUUCAAGAAUUGUGGUGCAAGUUAAAGACUAGUUUGUGUAUUUACUUCUGUAUAUCUUUUGUGCUCUCACUUCAGGUACAUAUACCUUUUUCUAGUCUCUGUAUCAAUACCUCUAACAAACUGCUCACUUUUGUAGUUAAAUUAAAGAAGGCUCUGUAAAUACUGUUAAUUAAUGUUUCUCCAUUUCUUGAACUGUUUUAAAGAAGACUGUUGACCUUUUCAGUCAGAUUAUUUUGUGUAAAAAUUGGUAUAUUUUGUAUGAAAAAGAAAUGAUAUUAGAAUCUUUCUUAUAAAACAAGCUAUCUGAUAAAAGCCAAAAAGCAGACAUUUUCUUGUUACUUUUAAAGUUGACAAUGGAAUACUGUUAGUUCUUCUUCAUGACAGUGACUGUUACAAUGAAAGUAAAACCUUACUUGGUUUGGUCAGUAAAAUACUAUUUUGUUAUCUUUUAGAAGAAUUCCCCUGUAAAGUGAUACAAUUUUAAUAGUCUAAUUUAGUUGGUAAGGUUGUGAAGCUUCUAGUACAACUGUCUGUUCCCUUCUCCUGGAAUAAAUAGUAUGUGGUUAGCUAUUGAAGUACCUUAAUCUCAAAUGGGAGUUUACUUACGUAAUUGGACUUCAUGUGCUUUCACUUCUUUUUGGAUCAGCCCUUAGUGCUCUGUAAGUUCAUGUGCCAGUAGCAGGAACUUACAUAAUUGGCUGCACAUAAGCAGAGUUAGGAAUGGACAACUAUUGUCAUUGUCCAUUGUUGUUCAAAGCAACACGUAAAACAAAUUAUACUUUUAAGUUUAUUAGUUAUGGCUGUCCUGAAAGCGAUUACACAUAUAAACAGAACAAACAUGAGGCAAAAUCACCUAUUCAAAACUAUCCUGGUAUUUAACUCAUUCCCUCCUUUUCAAACAAAUUGUAUCUAUGUUGUCUAUAUACAUAAAGGUAGAGAUAGAUAGAUAUACAUUAUAUAGAUGUAGCUAUUAUAUAGAUGACAGACGUAUGUCAGUGAACUAGGGAGCUUUGCAGGGACUGUAGCUUAAAAGUUUAGUAAGAAUGAAAGUAAGAAUUUAAAUACAAUUACUGUAAGUAUAAUAUGAUAAUCAUCACCUAAGCUUAGGAAAGAUGAAAUUGUGUUCAGUAAUGGAUUUUUUUUUUAAUUUUGUUCAUUUUCUUAUUCCAAAAAAUAAUUUAAGUAAAGUUCAAAACAAAAUGGUUCUGCUAAGAAACAGAAGUCAAGGCCAAUUUUUUGCUUCUUCAACUCUGAUUUCUUCAUUCAGUGAGGAAAAUCUUUCAAACCUUCUCUGCAUAAAUAGAAAUACUGUGCCAUUGUAACUAGAACUGGUUCAAAAUCAAUAUAAUGAAUUCAGUUCAAUUUCCAUGGCACUGAAUACUCUUGAAUAUGUGUUGGCUAAACAAAAAUAAUUUACUGUACUCAAAUUAUUGCAUUUUUCAUGUGAUUACAAGCUGAAAAUUUGUAUUGCAAAUAAUAAAGACCUCUAUAAAAUUAUUAAGCCCUUUGAGCAACGUGAAUUACGUAUCAAUAUAGGGCAACUUUUAGGCAAAUCAGUAUUUUGUUUUGUAUUGUUUUACCUGUCCUCCCUUACAAAUGGAAUUCUCUUUUUUGAAUUGAUCCAUAAGAUAUUUGAAUUUCAUGUAUUUCUUCCAUGAUUUAUCAGCUCACUAAGUAUAGCUUAAUAAGAACAGUUAAUGCUUUUAUAUGUAUUUGCUUGUAAGUUCAUAGUAUUUAUGGUUAUUUUAGAACUGGAGAUACAUAUGUAAGAAUUGUACACACUUGGGGAUUACCUCACUUUGGAUGUAGGGUCUUUGGAAAAAGAACCAUGUCUAUGUCUGUGUUAAAGCAUGAGAUAUUUUUUCUAUUUAAUUCAAAGAGCAUUAAAUCAAGCCUUGUUUAUACAACAUUUGGCAUAAUGACAGGCCUGAUCUUCAGUGUUACCUCUGGGUUUUGCUAUAAAGUAAAUUAAACAGCAGCUUCAUGCUUAGUCUAUGUAGAUUUUAUGUGUAUGUUUGACAGCGCAGAGUGGUUUUACUGUUAUGCAUUGCUGCACUGACACAGCCAUGAAUUGUUGUCACAGUACCUUCAUCAAAUACCAGUAGGUACUUCAGGUCAACAUAAGUAAGCCAGAAGGAGUA